CACGACCCCGUCUUUGAGCAGGGCGAGUACCGCGAGACCAUCCGGGAGAACGUGGAGGAGGGGUACCCCAUCCUUCAGCUGCGGGCCACCGACGUCGACUCGCCGCCCAACGCCAACAUCCGCUACCGCUUCGUCAACGAGCGGGCUGCCCACGCCGUCUUCGAGAUCGACCCCCGCUCCGGCCUCAUCACCACCAGCGGGCCGGUGGACAGGGAGAAGAUGGAGAGGUACUCCUUGGUGGUGGAGGCCAACGACCAGGGAAGGGAGCCGGGGCCCCGCUCUGCCAUGGUCAAGGUCUACAUCACGGUCCUUGACGAGAACGACAACACCCCUCAGUUCAGCGAGAAGCGCUACAUCGUCCAGGUGAGGGAGGACAUACGGCCCCACACCGAGAUCCUGCGCGUGACCGCCACGGACCUGGACAAGGACAACAAUGCGCUGGUCCACUACAACAUCAUCAGUGGGAACAGCCGGGGCCAGUUCUCCAUAGACAGUGUCACUGGGGAGAUACAGGUGGUGGCCCCGCUGGAUUUUGAGGUGGAGCGAGAGUAUGCCCUGAGGAUCCGGGCUCAGGAUGCGGGGCGCCCUCCCCUCUCAAACAACACUGGCAUGGCCAGCAUCCAGGUGGUGGAUAUCAAUGACCAUGCCCCCAUCUUUGUCAGUACCCCUUUCCAAAUCUCAGUCCUGGAGAACGCUCCCCUCGGCCACUCUGUCAUCCACAUCCAGGCCGUGGACGCGGACUACGGCGAGAACUCGCGCCUGGAGUACAAACUGACUGGGGUCUCAGCUGACACACCCUUUGUGGUAAACAGUGCCACGGGGUGGAUCACGGUCAGCGGGCCCUUGGACCGGGAGUCAGUUGAGCACUAUUUUUUUGGGGUAGAGGCUCGGGACCAUGGCUCUCCGUCUUUAUCUGCCUCUGCCAGUGUCACCAUUACUGUGAUGGAUGUCAAUGACAACCGCCCCGAGUUCACCCAGAAGGAGUAUUUCAUCCGCCUGAAUGAGGAUGCAGCUGUGGGGACCAGCGUCCUCAGCGUCACAGCAGUCGACCGGGAUGUGAACAGUGCCAUCACCUACCAGAUCACGGGAGGCAACACGCGGAACCGCUUCUCCAUCAGCACGCAAGGCGGGACGGGGCUCAUCACUCUGUCUCUACCGCUGGACUACAAGCAGGAGAGGCGCUACGUGCUCACCGUGACGGCCUCUGAUCGCACUCUGCGUGACAAUUGCCACGUUCACAUCAACAUCACCGAUGCCAACACACACCGGCCCGUGUUCCAGAGUGCCCACUACUCUGUAAGUAUCAACGAGGACCGGCCUGUAGGCAGCACCGUGGUGGUGAUCAGCGCCACAGAUGAUGAUAUGGGGGAAAACGCCCGCAUCACGUACUACCUAGAAGACAACGUCCCUCAGUUUCGCAUCGAUCCAGACUCCGGGGCCAUCACUCUACAGGCAGAACUGGACUAUGAAGACCAGGUCACGUAUACAUUGGCUAUUACUGCUAAGGACAAUGGGAUCCCACAGAAAGCAGACACCACGUAUGUUGAAAUUAUGGUGAAUGAUGUUAAUGACAACGCCCCCCAGUUCGUCAGCCCUCAUUACCAGGGCAUGAUCUCUGAGGAUGCACCUCCCUUCACCAGUGUGCUCCAGAUCUCUGCCACUGACCGGGAUGCCCACACCAACGGGCGUGUGCAGUACACGUUCCAGAAUGGGGAGGAUGGAGAUGGAGACUUCACCAUAGAGCCCACCUCGGGGAUCAUUCGCACUGUCCGCAGGCUGGAUCGGGAGAACGUUCCUGUCUACGAGCUGACUGCCUACGCCGUGGACAGGGGCAUCCCUCCUCAGCGAACUCCUGUCCAUAUUCAGGUUACCAUCCAGGAUGUGAAUGACAAUGCUCCUGUCUUUCCCGCUGAAGAGUUUGAGGUUUUGGUAAAGGAGAACAGCAUAGUAGGCUCUGUCGUGGCCCAAAUCACGGCUGUUGACCCAGAUGAGGGACCCAAUGCUCAGAUCAUGUAUCAAAUUGUGGAAGGCAACAUCCCAGAGAUAUUCCAGAUGGACAUUUUCUCUGGGGAGCUCACAGCCUUGAUAGACCUGGAUUACGAGACAAAACCUGAGUAUGUGAUUGUAGUGCAGGCCACCUCUGCCCCUCUGGUCAGCAGAGCCAUGGUCCACAUCAGGCUCAUUGACCAGAAUGACAACAGCCCCGUUCUCAAGAACUUCCAGAUCCUGUUCAAUAACUACGUGUCCAAUAAAUCCAACACCUUCCCCUCAGGGGUCAUAGGGAAGGUCCCAGCUUAUGACCCAGAUGUGUCUGACCGCCUCUUCUACAACUUUGAGCGGGGAAACGAACUGCACUUGUUGAUUGUAAAUCAAUCGAGCGGGGAGUUGAGGCUGAGCCGUAAACUGGACAACAACCGUCCGCUCGUGGCCUCCAUGCUGGUGACUGUUACAGACGGGAUCCACAGCGUGACAGCCCAGUGCGUCCUGCGGGUGAUCAUCAUCACGGAGGACAUGCUGGCCAACAGCAUCACGGUGCGCCUGGAGAACAUGUGGCAGGAGCGCUUCCUCUCCCCGCUGCUGUCCACCUUCCUGGAAGGGGUGGCCACCGUGCUUGCGACUCCCAAGGAGGACGUCUUCAUCUUCAACAUCCAGAACGACACGGACGUGGGUGGCACGGUGCUCAACGUCAGCUUCUCGGCCCUGGCGCCGCGGGGCGGGCGCUACUUCAGCUCGGAGGAGCUGCAGGAGCAGCUGUACAUGAAGCGCAUGGCGCUGACGGGGGCCUCCAUGCUGGAGGUGCUGCCCUUCGACGACAACGUCUGCCUGCGGGAGCCCUGCCAGAACUACAUGAAGUGCAUCUCUGUCCUCAAGUUCGACAGCUCGGCCCCCUUCAUCGCCUCCCCCUCCACCCUCUUUCGGCCCAUCCACCCCAUCGCCGGCCUGCGGUGCCGCUGCCCGCAGGGCUUCACGGGGGACUACUGCGAAACGGAGAUCAACCUCUGCUACUCCAACCCCUGCCUGAACGGUGGGAUCUGCACCCGCAAGGAAGGGGGCUACACGUGCGUUUGCCGCCAGCACUUCAGCG